AUCAGCACCGUGCAGUGCACACAUACACCACCAAUUUCUGUGCAUUCAAAUUUCAAAGCAACAGAAUCAAAUCAAAUUUGCGUUUUGUCUAGGGUUUUCUUUUUCCAGCUCUUCGACCCUAAUUUCCCAAAAAAGAAAAGAAAAGAAAAACCCUAAUUUCCCAAAUCCGCGUGCUGGACAUGCUUGUUCUUGAAUGCUCAUGUGUUUCGAUAAAUGGGUGGGAUGACUAGCAACCGCAAGCGAACCGAAGAAUGCAUGAACGUGAAUUACACUCACACCAAUUGUUCUUCAUCUUCAGAUUCCCACAGAAAAAGACCCAGAUUCUCAUCCACGCUAACCCGACCCGUAUCAUCAUCGAGCAGCACGGUUUCAAGAAUUUUCCGGUACCCGGAAGCGAAGACACCGUUGGUUAGGGAGGUUCACGCGCCGUGCAGACCCAGGAAGUUCGAUCUUUCGAGAGUAGAAUCGAGGUUCAGGGCUAGGGCUAGUGCUAGUGCUAGUGACGACAUGGGCAAUGCUCUUAAUUCUCUUUUUGCGAAAUACCAGAGGGCCAAACUUUCAGCGUUGGAGAAAUGCAGAUACUCGUUGCAGCAGCAAAAGGGGAAGGAGGUGAUAGACGUGGACGCUGAGAGUGACGGAGUUUACGAGGUUUCGGAAGAUUCGAGGUUUGAAGAAGGUCGUGUUGUGGUGGUUGAGACACGUGGUGAUUCUUCUUAUGCAAAGGUGGUGCACGGUGGCAUUCAGCAGCAGUCAACGUCAUAUUUGGAUUCUGAGUUGACCAAUGGUAACUUGAAGGUGGUGAAUGAUGUUGGGAAGAUGUGGGAUUCUGAGAUGCAUGAUCUUUCAAGUGUUCAUGUGUAUAAAAAGUUGAUUGAGGCUGUUGGCAGGCGAGACGACACUAUUCAGAGGCUGAACUUUGAAAUUAAGCUGAAUGAGAAGCGCUUAGAUACAUUUAAUUUGUUGCGUCCAAAGAAGGAAUUAGUAGAGGAAGUUCCACGCGAACCUUUUGUCUCUCUUACAAGCGAGGAAAAAAAUGAGGUCGCACGUGCCUUUUCUGCCAACCGGAAUAGGACUUUGGUUACCCAUGAGAAUUCUAACAUUGAGAUCACUGGGGAAAAGUUUCAGUGCCUGAUGCCGGGUGCAUGGUUAAAUGAUGAGGUGAUAAAUUUGUACCUUGAGUUGCUGAAAGAGAGGGAGCAAAGAGAACCGCAGAAAUUUCUGAAAUGUCAUUUUUUCAAUACAUUUUUCUUCAAAAAGUUAAUCAGUGGCAGAAAUGGUUAUGAUUUCAAAUCUGUGAGAAGAUGGACCAGCCAAAGGAAGUUGGGAUAUGGUUUACUUGAAUGUGACAAAAUAUUUGUUCCGAUUCAUAAGGAGAUCCAUUGGUGCUUGGCUGUUAUCAAUAAGAAAGAUGAGAAAUUCCAGUAUCUUGACUCAUUGAAAGGAAAGGAUAACCAUGCGUUAAAAGUUCUGGCUAGAUAUUUUGUGGAUGAAGUCAAGGACAAGACUGGAAAAGAUAUUGAUGUAAGUACGUGGGAAAAAGAAUUUGUUGAAGACCUUCCUGAGCAGGAAAAUGGGUUUGAUUGUGGGGUGUUUAUGAUCAAAUACGCUGAUUUUUAUAGCAGAGGCCUGGGGCUGUGUUUUAACCAGGAACACAUGCCUUACUUCCGGCUUAGGACAGCUAAGGAGAUAUUAAGAUUGAAAGCUGACUAAGCAAAGGAGUGAGCAUUCAUCAGUAUUCCAGUUCUUUGCCUUUGACCUUCGAUUUUGGACAAGAGAUUCAAAAGUUCAUUGAUGUCUAAUUGACUGCACCUGUUGAUAAGGAUCCUUCCCCUUGGACAAUGUCUUAAGGAUAGCCAUUUAGAGUUAGAGGAUUUGUUAGCUUGGAUAGUGAACUGGGCUAUACAUAUGGUCCAGGCAGUAGAGUGGAAUGCAAUAGGUUGUAUAUGCUGUAAAAGAGCUAUACAAGAGUGCAGAUUAGAUGAGGCAUUGUUUUGAGGUUGAGGUGUUUGAUUAUGUAAUGGACUAAUGGUAAUAUUAGUUCCUCCCCCAUUCUCUUUCUUUUCAGUUUGCACUCUGGUUUGCUCAACGAUAUUGCUUGUUCCUGAUGUCUAGGGAAUUAAGAAGAAUGAAA